AUGUCCCACCUGUAUAAGGAGGACACUGUUUGUCAGAACUGUGGUGGCCUGGUCCAGGGACCCAAUGGCACCAUCGAGAGCCCUGGCUUUCCUCAUGGAUACCCCAACUAUGCCAACUGCACCUGGAUCAUUAUCACUGGGGAACGCAACCGGAUACAACUGUCCUUUCAUACCUUUGCUCUAGAGGAGGACUUCGACAUCUUAUCAGUUUAUGAUGGACAGCCCCAACAAGGGAACUUGAAAGUGAGGCUGUCAGGAUUCCAGCUGCCCUCCUCCAUUGUAAGCACCGGGUCACUCCUUACCCUCUGGUUCACCACGGACUUUGCAGUGAGCGCCCAGGGUUUCAAGGCCAUGUAUGAAGUUUUACCUAGUCACACAUGUGGAAAUCCUGGGGAAAUAUUGAAAGGAGUCCUCCAUGGAACGAGGUUCAACAUAGGCGACAAGAUCAGAUACAGCUGCCUCUCUGGCUACAUCUUGGAAGGUCACGCCAUUCUGACUUGCAUUGUCAGCCCCGGGAAUGGUGCCUCCUGGGACUUCCCAGCUCCUUUCUGCAGAGCUGAGGGAGCCUGCGGAGGAACCCUCCGGGGAACCAGCAGUUCCAUAUCCAGUCCUCACUUCCCCUCAGAGUAUGACAACAAUGCCGACUGCACGUGGACCAUCCUGGCUGAACCUGGGGAUACCAUUGCUCUUGUUUUUACGGACUUCCAGCUGGAGGAGGGAUACGACUUUUUAGAGAUCAGCGGAACAGAAGCACCAUCCAUAUGGCUCACAGGCAUGAACCUCCCAUCUCCUGUGAUCAGCAGCAAGAACUGGCUCCGUCUCCACUUCACAUCUGACAGCAACCAUCGACGCAAGGGGUUCAAUGCUCAGUUCCAAGUGAAAAAAGCAAUUGAACUGAAGUCCAGGGGAGUCAAGAUGCUACCGAGCAAGGACAGCAGCCACAAGAACUCUGUCUUGACCCAAGGAGGCGUGUCUCUGGUCUCUGACAUGUGUCCAGAUCCUGGAAUUCCAGACAAUGGCAGAAGAGCAGGUUCUGACUUCAGGGUUGGUGCAAAUGUGCAAUUCUCCUGCGAGGACAAUUAUGUGCUCCAAGGGGCCAAGGGCAUCACCUGCCAGAGAGUCACUGAGACCCUUGCAGCAUGGAGUGAUCACCGGCCCAUCUGCCGAGCCAGGACAUGUGGAUCAAACCUGCGUGGGCCGAGUGGUAUCAUCACCUCCCCUAACUACCCUGUGCAGUAUGAAGACAAUGCUCACUGUGUGUGGGUCAUCACGACCACAGAUCCAGACAAGGUCAUCAAGCUUGCUUUUGAAGAGUUUGAGUUAGAAAGAGGAUAUGACACCCUGACAGUUGGAGAUGCUGGGAAAGUGGGGGACACCAGAUCCGUUCUAUAUGUGCUCACAGGCUCCAGUGUUCCUGACCUCAUCGUGAGCAUGAGCAAUCAGAUGUGGCUCCACCUCCAGUCAGAUGAUAGCAUCGGCUCACCAGGGUUUAAGGCUGUGUACCAAGAAAUUGAGAAGGGAGGCUGUGGGGACCCUGGCAUCCCAGCCUAUGGCAAGCGGACUGGCAGCAGCUUUCUGCAUGGAGACACGCUCACCUUUGAGUGCCAGGCGGCUUUUGAGCUGGUGGGAGAAAGAGUGAUCACUUGCCAGAAGAACAACCAGUGGUCAGGCAACAAGCCAAGCUGUGUGUUUUCGUGUUUCUUCAACUUCACGGCAUCCUCUGGGAUUAUCCUCUCACCAAACUAUCCUGAGGAAUAUGGCAACAACAUGAACUGUGUCUGGUUGAUUAUAUCUGAGCCCGGGAGCCGAAUUCACCUCAUCUUCAAUGAUUUUGACGUGGAGCCUCAGUUUGACUUCCUUGCUGUCAAAGAUGAUGGAAUUUCUGACAUCACGGUCCUUGGAACUUUCUCUGGCAAUGAGGUGCCUGCGCAACUGGCCAGCAGUGGACACAUAGUACGCCUGGAGUUUCAGUCGGAUCACUCCACAACUGGCAGAGGGUUCAACAUCACAUACACCACGUUUGGUCAGAAUGAGUGCCAUGACCCUGGGAUCCCUGUGAAUGGACGGCGUUUUGGAGACAGGUUUCUGCUGGGAAGCUCUGUGUCCUUCCAUUGUGAUGAUGGCUUUGUGAAGACCCAGGGUUCUGAGUCCAUCACCUGCAUCCUGCAAGAUGGGAAUGUGGUCUGGAGCUCUACUGUCCCUCGCUGUGAAGCUCCAUGUGGUGGGCACCUGACAGCUUCUAGUGGGGUCAUCUUACCUCCAGGAUGGCCGGGAUAUUACAAAGAUUCUUUAAAUUGUGAAUGGAUCAUUGAAGCAAAGCCAGGACAUUCCAUCAAAAUAACAUUUGACAGGUUCCAGACAGAAGUCAAUUAUGAUACUCUGGAAGUACGGGAUGGGCCAGCCAGUUCAUCCCCACUGAUUGGAGAGUACCAUGGCACCCAGGCACCGCAGUUCCUCAUCAGCACAGGCAACUACAUGUACCUGCUCUUCACCACGGACAGCAGCCGGGCUAGUGUUGGCUUCCUCAUCCACUAUGAAAGUGUAACUCUGGAAUCAGACUCCUGCCUGGACCCAGGCAUCCCUGUAAAUGGACAUCGGCAUGGUAGUAACUUUGGUAUCAGGUCUACAGUGACCUUCAGCUGUGAUCCCGGAUAUACACUAAGUGACGAUGAGCCUCUCGUCUGUGAGAAGAACCAUCAGUGGAACCAUGCCCUGCCCAGCUGUGAUGCCCUGUGUGGAGGCUACAUCCAUGGAAAGAGUGGGACUGUCCUUUCUCCAGGAUUUCCAGACUUUUAUCCAAACUCUCUGAACUGUACGUGGACCAUCGAAGUCUCUCAUGGCAAGGGAGUGCAGAUGAAUUUCCACACCUUCCAUCUUGAAAGUUCUCACGACUAUUUGCUGAUCACGGAGGAUGGGAGUUUCUCGGAGCCAGUAGCCAGGCUCACUGGGUCAGUCUUGCCUCACACCAUUAAGGCUGGUUUGUUUGGAAACUUCACUGCCCAACUCAGGUUCAUCUCUGACUUCUCCAUCUCCUAUGAAGGCUUCAACAUCACGUUUGCAGAAUAUGACCUGGAGCCCUGUGAUGACCCUGGAGUCCCUGCCUUCAGCCGCAGAAUCGGGUUCCAUUUUGGUGUGGGUGACACGCUGGCUUUCACCUGCUUCCAGGGAUACCGCUUAGAAGGUGCAACCAAGCUUACGUGCCUGGGUGGGGGACGCCGAGUGUGGAGUGCACCUCUGCCAAGGUGUGUGGCUGAAUGUGGAGCAAGUGUCAAAGGAAAUGAAGGAACAUUACUGUCUCCAAAUUUCCCAUCCAAUUAUGAUAAUAACCAUGAGUGUAUCUAUAAAAUAGAAACGGAAGCUGGCAAAGGGAUCCAUCUCAGAGCCCGGACCUUUCAGCUAUUUGAAGGAGACACUCUAAAGGUCUUCGAUGGAAAGGACAGCUCCUCACGGUCACUGGGAGUCUUCACAAAAAGUGACUUGAUGGGGCUGGUGCUGAAUAGCACCUCUAACCACCUGAGGCUGGAGUUCAACACCAAUGGGUCAGACACCGCCCAAGGCUUCCAGCUCACCUACACCAGUUUUGACCUAGUGAAAUGUGAGGACCCAGGCAUCCCUAACUAUGGCUACAGGAUUCGAGAUGAUGGCCACUUCACGGACACUGUGGUUCUCUACAGCUGCAAUCCAGGCUAUGCCAUGCACGGCAGCAGUACUCUGACCUGCCUGAGUGGGGACCGGAGGGUGUGGGACAAGCCUAUGCCUUCCUGUGUGGCGGAAUGUGGAGGUCUAAUCCAUGCAGCCACAUCAGGGCGCAUACUGUCUCCCGGCUACCCUGCCCCAUAUGACAACAACCUCCACUGCACUUGGACCAUAGAAGCCGAUCCUGGAAAGACCAUCAGCCUCCACUUCAUCGUGUUUGACACCGAGACAGCUCAUGACAUCCUCAAGGUCUGGGACGGUCCUGUGGACAGCAACAUUCUGCUGAAGGAGUGGAGCGGCUCGGCCCUGCCUGAGGACAUCCACAGCACCUUCAACUCACUCACACUGCAGUUUGACAGCGACUUUUUCAUCAGCAAGUCUGGCUUCUCCAUCCAGUUUUCCACAUCCAUCGCAUCCACCUGCAAUGACCCUGGAAUGCCUCAGAAUGGUACCCGCUAUGGUGACAGCCGGGAACCUGGAGAUACCAUCACCUUCCAGUGUGACCCUGGAUACCAGCUCCAAGGACAAGCCAAGAUCACCUGUGUGCAGCUGAACAGUCGCUUCUUCUGGCAGCCAGACCCUCCAUCGUGCAUAGCUGCUUGCGGUGGGAAUCUGACAGGCCCAGCUGGAGUGAUUUUAUCCCCUAACUACCCACAGCCGUACCCUCCCGGAAAGGAGUGUGAUUGGAGAAUUAAGGUGAACCCGGACUUUGUCAUUGCCUUGAUAUUCAAAAGUUUUAGCAUGGAGCCCAGUUACGACUUCCUGCAUAUCUAUGAAGGGGAGGACUCCAACAGCCCCCUGAUCGGAAGCUUCCAGGGCUCUCAAGCCCCAGAGAGAAUUGAGAGCAGUGGUAACAGCCUCUUCCUGGCAUUCAGGAGCGAUGCUUCAGUUGGCCUGUCGGGGUUUGCCAUUGAAUUUAAAGAGAAGCCCCGGGAAGCUUGCUUUGAUCCUGGGAACAUAAUGAAUGGGACAAGGAUUGGGACUGACUUCAAACUGGGCUCCACAGUUACCUAUCAAUGUGACUCUGGCUAUAAGAUUGUGGAUCCCUCUUCCAUUGAGUGUGUGACAGGAGCUGAUGGGAAGCCCUCUUGGGACCGGGCACUACCUGCCUGCCAAGCACCCUGUGGAGGCCAGUACACGGGAUCGGAAGGGGUUGUUUUAUCACCGAACUACCCUCAUAACUACACAGCUGGUCAAAUAUGCAUCUAUUCCAUCACAGUGCCCAAGGAAUUUGUGGUGUUUGGACAGUUUGCCUACUUCCAGACUGCGCUGAAUGACUUGGCCGAGCUGUUUGAUGGAACCCACCCACAGGCCAGGCUGCUCAGCUCUCUCUCUGGGUCCCAUUCAGGUGAAACACUGCCACUGGCUACUUCCAAUCAGAUUCUGCUGCGAUUCAGCGCCAAGAGUGGAGCAUCUGCGCGGGGGUUCCACUUCGUCUACCAAGCUGUUCCACGCACCAGUGACACGCAGUGCAGCUCUGUCCCAGAGCCCAGAUAUGGGAGGAGGAUUGGUUCCGAGUUCUCUGCAGGUUCCAUAGUUCGAUUUGAGUGUAACCCGGGUUACCUGCUACAAGGUUCCACGGCCAUCCGCUGCCAGUCUGUGCCAAAUGCCUUGGCCCAGUGGAACGACACCAUCCCAAGCUGUGUAGUUCCAUGCAGUGGCAAUUUCACUCAAAGGAGAGGAACAAUUCUGUCCCCAGGCUACCCUGAGCCAUAUGGCAACAACUUGAACUGCGUGUGGAAGAUCAUAGUAACGGAGGGCUCAGGGAUCCAGAUUCAAGUGAUCAGCUUCGCCACAGAACAGAACUGGGACUCGCUGGAGAUCCAUGAUGGAGGAGAUAUGACGGCCCCAAGACUGGGCAGCUUCUCAGGGACCACAGUGCCCGCGCUGCUGAACAGCACUUCUAACCAGCUCUGCCUGCACUUCCAGUCAGACAUCAGUGUUGCCGCUGCUGGCUUUCACCUGGAAUACAAAACUGUGGGUCUGGCUGCGUGCCAGGAACCCGUUCUCCCGAGCAAUGGCAUCAAGAUAGGAGACCGGUAUAUGGUGAACGAUGUGCUCUCCUUCCAGUGCGAGCCCGGGUACACCUUGCAGGGCCGCUCACAUAUAUCCUGCAUGCCGGGAACUGUCCGUCGAUGGAAUUAUCCUUCCCCCUUGUGCAUUGCUACCUGUGGAGGGACGCUGACUAGCAUGAGUGGAGUGAUCCUGAGCCCAGGGUUCCCAGGCUCGUACCCCAACAACUUGGACUGCACCUGGAAGAUAUCGCUGCCCAUUGGCUAUGGUGCGCAUAUCCAGUUUCUGAAUUUCUCAACUGAAGCCAACCAUGACUACCUGGAGAUCCAAAAUGGACCUUACCACAGCAGUCCAAUGAUGGGCCAGUUCAGUGGCCCUGACCUGCCUGCAUCACUGCUGAGCACUACACAUGAAACCCUCAUCCGCUUCUAUAGUGACCACUCACAGAACCGACAAGGAUUUAAACUCAGUUACCAAGCUUACGAGUUACAGAACUGCCCAGACCCACCUGCAUUCCAGAACGGGUUCAUGAUCAACUCAGACUACAGCGUGGGCCAGUCGAUCUCCUUUGAGUGCUACCCAGGCUACAUCUUGCUGGGCCAUCCUGUGCUCACUUGCCAGCAUGGCACUGACAGGAACUGGAACUACCCUUUCCCACGGUGUGACGCUCCCUGUGGGUAUAAUGUGACAUCACAGAAUGGUACUAUUUAUUCCCCUGGGUUUCCGGAUGAGUACCCAAUUCUGAAGGAUUGCCUGUGGCUGGUCACAGUCCCUCCCGGACAUGGAGUGUACAUCAACUUCACCUUGCUGCAGACGGAGGCUGUGAACGACUACAUCGCUGUCUGGGAUGGUCCUGACCAGAACUCACCUCAGCUCGGAGUCUUCAGUGGGAACACUGCCCUCGAGACAGCAUACAGCUCCACCAACCAGGUCCUGCUCAAAUUCCACAGUGAUUUCUCCAAUGGAGGCUUCUUUGUCCUCAAUUUUCAUGCGUUUCAGCUGAAGCGGUGCCCACCUCCCCCAGCAGUGCCACAGGCUGACCUGCUUACAGAAGACGAGGACUUUGAAAUAGGGGACUUUGUGAAGUACCAGUGCCACCCUGGGUACUCGCUGUCUGGGAGCGACACAUUGACAUGCAAACUCAGCUCACAGCUCCAGUUCCAAGGUUCUCCACCCACCUGUGAAGCACAAUGUCCAGCAAAUGAAGUACGAACAGAAUCUUUUGGAGUGAUCCUCAGUCCGGGGUAUCCAGGCAACUAUUUUAAUUCCCAAACAUGUGCUUGGAGUAUUAAAGUGGAGCCAAACUUUAACAUUACUCUCUUUGUGGACACAUUUCAAAGUGAAAAGCAAUUUGAUACAUUGGAAGUAUUUGAUGGUUCUUCUGGGCAAAGUCCUCUGUUAGUGGUCUUAAGUGGGAACCACACGGAACAAUCCAAUUUCACCAGCAGAAGUAACCAUCUAUACCUCCGCUGGUCUACGGACCAUGCAACCAGCAAGAAAGGAUUCAAGAUCCGCUAUGCAGCUCCUUACUGCAGCCUUACCUCUACACUUAAGAACGGUGGCAUUAUCAACAAAACCACAGGAGCAGUGGGGAGCAAGGUGCAUUACUUCUGCAAGCCUGGAUAUCGAAUGAUUGGCCACAGCAAUGCCACCUGCCGGCGGAACCCAGGGGGCGUGUACCAGUGGGACUCGAUCGCACCACUUUGCCAGGCUGUGUCCUGUGGAAUUCCAGAGGCUCCGGGAAAUGGCUCAUUCAUAGGCAAUGAGUUCACCUUGGACAGUAAAGUGACAUAUGAAUGUAAUGAAGGCUUCAAACUGGAUGCCAGUCAGCAAGCCACUGCCGUGUGUCAGGAGGAUGGCCUGUGGAGCAACAGAGGGAAGCCACCCACAUGCAAACCGGUGCCCUGCCCCAGCAUUGAAGGCCAGCUAUCAGAGCACGUGCUCUGGAGGCUGGUUUCGGGGUCACUGAACGAAUACGGAGCUCAAGUCCUCCUCAGCUGCAGCCCUGGCUACUUCUUGCAGGGUCAGAGGCUCUUGCAGUGCCAAGCCAAUGGGACCUGGAACACAGAGGAAGACAGACCCAGAUGCAAAGUCAUCUCCUGUGGAAGCCUGUCCUUUCCCCCAAAUGGUAACAAGAUAGGGACACUCACUGUGUAUGGAGCCACUGCCAUCUUCACCUGCAACACUGGCUACACACUCGUGGGCUCCCAUGUCCGGGAGUGCUUGGCCAAUGGUCUCUGGAGUGGAUCCGAAACAAGGUGUCUGGCGGGCCACUGUGGCUCUCCAGACCCCAUUGUGAAUGGCCAUAUCAGCGGUGAUGGCUUCAGCUACAGGGACACGGUGGUCUACCAGUGCAACCCUGGGUUCCGGCUCGUAGGCACCUCUGUGAGGAUUUGCCUGCAGGACCACAAGUGGUCGGGGCAGACCCCUGUUUGCGUCCCCAUCACAUGUGGACACCCAGGAAAUCCUGCCCAUGGCCUCACCAAUGGCAGCGAGUUCAACCUGAACGACCUUGUGAAUUUCACCUGCCACACGGGCUACCUGCUGCAGGGUGCCUCCAGGGCCCAGUGUCGGAGCAACGGCCAGUGGAGCAGCCCUUUGCCUACCUGUCGAGUGGUAAACUGUUCGGAUCCUGGAUUUGUGGAAAAUGCAGUUCGCCAUGGGCAACAGAACUUUCCUGAGAGUUUCGAGUAUGGGAUGAGCGUGAUGUAUCACUGCAAGAAGGGGUUCUACCUGCUGGGGUCUUCUGCCCUGAGUUGUAUGGCGAAUGGCUUGUGGGAUCGCUCCUUACCCAAGUGUCUAGCUAUAUCAUGUGGGCAUCCUGGGGUCCCUGCUAAUGCUGUCCUAACUGGAGAAUUAUUUACAUAUGGAGCCACAGUUCAGUACUCUUGCAAAGGGGGCCAGAUCCUCACAGGCAAUAGCACAAGAGUCUGCCAAGAAGACAGUCACUGGAGUGGAGCCCUUCCCCACUGCUCAGGAAAUAGUCCUGGAUUUUGUGGCGACCCAGGGACCCCUGCACAUGCUCGUCUUGGGGAUGAGUUUAAGACAAAGAGUCUUCUGCGCUUCUCCUGUGAGAUGGGCCACCAGCUGCGGGGCUCUGCAGAGCGUACGUGCCUGGUGAAUGGGUCUUGGUCAGGGGUACAGCCUGUGUGUGAGGCCGUGUCCUGUGGAAACCCAGGCACCCCCACCAAUGGGAUGAUCCUGAGCAGUGAUGGCAUCCUUUUCUCCAGCUCCGUCAUCUACGCCUGCUGGGAAGGCUAUAGAACCUCAGGGCUCAUGACUCGGCACUGCACAGCCAACGGGACAUGGACAGGCACAGCACCUGACUGUACAAUCAUCAGUUGUGGGGAUCCUGGCACGCUGCCUAAUGGCAUCCAGUUCGGGACAGACUUCACUUUCAACAAGACUGUGAGCUAUCAGUGCAACCCUGGCUACCUGAUGGAACCCCCAACAUCACCGACCAUCCGCUGCACCAAGGAUGGCACAUGGAAUCAGAGCAGGCCCAUCUGCAAAGCUGUCCUGUGCAAUCAGCCUCCUCCAGUGCCAAACGGGAAGGUGGAGGGGUCAGACUUCCGCUGGGGCGCCAGCAUAAGCUACAGCUGUGUGGAUGGCUACCAGCUCUCCCACUCGGCCAUCCUGUCCUGUGAAGGGCGUGGAGUGUGGAAAGGAGAAGUCCCUCAGUGCUUGCCUGUGUUCUGUGGUGAUCCCGGCACUCCUGCAGAGGGGCGGCUCAGUGGGAAAAGCUUCACCUUUAAGUCUGAGGUUUUCAUCCAAUGCAAACCCCCAUUCGUGUUAGUGGGUUCCUCCAGGAGAACCUGCCAGGCGGACGGGAUGUGGAGUGGAGUCCAGCCCACCUGUAUAGAUCCGGCACACACCGCUUGCCCAGACCCCGGCACUCCCCACUUUGGAAUACAGAAUAGCUCUAAAGGAUAUGAGGUUGGAAGCACCGUGUUCUUCAGAUGUAGGAAAGGUUACCAUAUCCAAGGCUCGACCACACGAACUUGCCUUGCAAACCUCACAUGGAGUGGGAUACAGACAGAAUGCAUACCCCAUGCCUGCCGGCAGCCAGAGACCCCAGCCCAUGCAGAUGUGAGAGCCAUCGAUCUUCCAGCUUUUGGCUACACUUUAGUCUACACCUGCCAUCCGGGAUUUUUCCUUGCUGGCGGAUCCGAACACAGGACAUGUAAAGCAGAUAUGAAAUGGACAGGGAAAUCACCGGUUUGUAAAAGUAAAGGAGUGAGAGAAGUUAAUGAAACAGUUACUAAAACUCCAGUUCCUUCCGAUGUGUUUUCCAUCAAUUCGGUGUGGAAGGGGUAUUACGAAUAUCUGGGGAAAAGACAGCCCUCGACCCUCACUGUGGACUGGUUCAAUGCAACCAGCAGCAAGGUGAAUGCGACCUUCACCGCAUCCUCACAGGUGCAGCUGGAGCUGACAGGGGUCUACAAGAAGGAAGAGGCCCACCUACUUCUGAAAGCCUUUCAUAUCAAAGGCCCAGCAGAUAUUUUUGUAAGCAAGUUUGAAAAUGACAACUGGGGACUCGAUGGUUAUGUGUCCUCAGGACUUGAGAGAGGAGGAUUCUCCUUUCAGGGUGAUAUACAUGGGAAAGACUUUGGAAAGUUCAAGCUGGAAAGACAAGAUCCUUCCAACUCUGAUGCAGAUUCUUCAAAUCACUACCAGGGCACCAGUAGCGGCUCCGUGGCAGCUGCGAUCCUUGUUCCCUUCUUUGCUCUAAUUUUAUCAGGGUUUGCAUUUUACCUCUACAAACACAGAACAAGACCAAAAGUUCAGUAUAAUGGCUAUGCUGGCCACGAGAACAGUAAUGGACAAGCUUCAUUUGAAAACCCCAUGUAUGAUACAAACUUAAAACCCACAGAGGCCAAGGCUGUGAGGUUUGACACGACUCUGAACACAGUGUGUACAGUGGUAUAGCCCUCAGUGCCCCCUAGGACCAAUUCAUAGCCAUACCUCUGAUGGACAAGCAGUAAAAUCCUUUGGUGCCAUAUACCACCUUCCCUUUUACUCUUGCCUUGCUGCAGCAACCUUGGCCAUCAUCUGCUGGCAUAACGCAAUGGAAAUUUCUUCUCAGUCAUGACCAAGUCUUUUGAGGAUCAACUUGCAAACACAUCUUCAUCUGGAAAGUGGAUUGUAAAAGCCUUGCUGCAUCCACCGGAAAUCAAGAUGCCAACCCCGGCGAGGGCAAAGAAGACUGCAGGGUCUGACAGAUGGGUGGUACUUAAUGCCUCUGACUUUUGUGUCUCUGUGUGGCCAGGAUGCCUUUGGAUGUAGUCUUCUGAGCACAUGGAUACAUCCUUCAGGUGCGGCGACGAAACGGUAGCAACUUGA